CUAACAAUGGCAUCCACACCGAAUCUGAAAGAAUCUACUGGCAACCAAAGUUCAUGGGAUACCUUGCUACCAGAUUUCCCUAAAGGACCGCUUUGCAAAUAUCGUAAGAAAGCUUCUUUCAACUGGAAGGAGAUGGCAGUGUUAGUAGAUGGUGAAGAUAUCAUCCAGCUUAAGAACAGAAUCUUCUCUGCUCUGGAAAGUGAUCCUCUCUUUGCACAUCAUCCUGGAGAAGAUUUGUGCCGUGAGAAAUAUCAGGAGCUGACAUUCUUGCGCUGUAAAAGGCUCUUUGAGUAUGAUUUUCUUACCCAGCAAGAGAUCAUAGAGAACCCAUUAAAGAUAUUUAAUAUGGUCAUCUGUAUAGGAAUGUACGAUUGGUCUCCAUGUCUCCAGUAUUUCUUACAUUGUGGUAUGUUUGCGGGUACAAUUUUGAGUGCUUCCAAGAGGUUUGCAGACUUUGUGAAACAAGUUUAUAGCAUGGAGAUUUUUGGAUGUUUUGCUCUGACUGAACUCAGCCAUGGAACUAAUACAAAAGGCAUACGUACUACUGCUACAUUUGAUCGUAGCACUCAGGAAUUUAUCAUCAAUACUCCUGACUUUGAAGCUGCAAAGUUCUGGGUUGGUAAUAUGGGGAAACAUGCCACUCAUGCAGUUGUGUAUGCCCAGCUCUAUACUCCUGAUGGACAGUGCCAAGGAUUACAUUCCUUUAUUGUACAGAUUCGAGAUACAAAAACUCUCCUACCAAUGCCAGGUGUGAUGGUAGGUGACAUAGGAAAGAAACUUGGGCAGAAUGGGUUGGAUAAUGGAUUUGCCAUGUUCCACAAUGUCAGGAUACCUAAAGAAAACAUACUGAACGUAGCUGGAGAUGUCACAGCUGAGGGGAAGUACUCAAGUUCAAUCAAGGAUGUUAAAGAGCGUUUUAGUGCAGCUCUGGGAUCCUUGUCCACUGGCAGAAUUCUGAUCACAGCAGUUUCCACGACCAAUUUAAAGCUUGCCUUAUCGAUAGCCAUUCGCUUCUCAGCAGCUCGCCGUCAGUUUGGACCAACUGAUGAAGAAGAAAUACCUGUUCUUGAAUACCAAACACAGCAAUGGCGUCUUCUUCCUUAUCUGGCUGCCGCAUAUGCCUUAGAUUAUUUCUCCAAAUCCCUGUUUGAGAACUUUGUAGAAUUUUAUGCAGGCUUAUUGACAAAGCAAAGGAGUCAGAGACAGGCUGAUUUGGGACGUGAGAUUCAUGCCUUAUCUGCUGCCAGCAAACCACUCUCCUCGUGGACUGCUCAGCAAGCAGCUCAGGAGUGCCGAGAAGCUUGUGGAGGACAUGGUUACCUUGCCAUGAAUCGUCUGGGUGAAAUCCGAAAUGACAAUGAUCCAAACUGCACAUAUGAGGGAGAUAACAAUGUCCUGCUUCAGCAAACCAGCAACUACUUAAUGAGCUGGAUGAAUUGCAUAAGAGAUAAAUCUCCUUUUGAAUCCCCUUUUGGAACAAUAAACUUUUUGCAAGACUACCAUCAUAUCCUUGGCUGGAAAUUCACAGCCAUUAGUGUUGAAGCUUGCAUGGACUCCUCAGUUCCUUUAGCAGCAUAUAAAUGGCUGAUUUGCUACCUGCUCCAAGAAAGUGACCUAAAGCUGAUCAAGGAGAAGCAGUCUGGGCGAAGUGAUUUUGAGGCAAAAAACAACUGUCAGGUGUACUACUGUCGAUCAUUAGCCAUUGCUUUUAUUGAACAAACAGUCUUACAAAGAUAUCAUGACUACACUCAUGAUCCCAACAUACCAUCUACUCUGCAACCAGUGCUUAAGAAUCUCAGUGCUCUGUAUGGACUCUGGUCUUUAAGUAAACAUCUGGCUGUGCUCUACCAAGGUGGCUAUGCUUCAGGUGAACAAGCUGGUAGAUUUAUUCAGAAUGCUAUUCUGGAGCUCUGCUACAGGUUGAAAGAUGAUGCAGUUGCCCUGGUUGAUGUCUUUGCUCCUCCGGACUUCAUUCUCAACUCUCCCAUUGGUAAAGCUAGUGGAGAGAUAUAUAAAAAUAUGUGGGCAGAGAUCCUUCAAGGCAGCAAAGCUCUGAACAGACCUUCAUGGUGGGCAGAAUUUUGUAUUAAUAAACCUGUUACAGGCAGGCUGAGGUCAAGAUUGUAAACCAAACAACUUGUAAGCGGCUGGAUGGGCCUGAGAUGGAUACUGUAUUUCAAACAUCAGGAGGAAAUGAGACCAUAUGUCAAACACUGAAAAUGAAAGAGAUUUUCAUAGAGAAGUGCCAAGUUUUAAAAUAACUUUGAAAUCAAGUCCAACUUGGUCUCAGGGACUGUUAACAUAAUAAUGACAGAAGCAAGAGCAACACGUCUGUGCACUAUUUGUAUUUACUUAAUUAAAUACAAAAAAAAUGAAGAUUCAUUAUGAUCACUGCUUUGCCAAGGUUCUAUAAAAGUUCCAAUC